CCUCAACUGUGUGUGAACAUGUUCCUAUCUCCUACAUCAUCAGCUAGUAUUAUCAGCUAUUCGGAUGUUAAAAAGGCGUGCUGAGGAAACGAUCAGGGAAUGGCCCGCUUUUUGACCGUGCUGGAGAUUUGGCGCUUUGGCCCACAUCACCACCCUGUGACCCGGGCAUGCACCGAAGAGCAACACAACGUGACUAACACAAGAGAGGAGACAACUGCGGACCAGGUGGACCCCGACGUUACAAAUAAACCGCUGUCAUCAGAGGCGUCCACUGCUCAGCCUUGGCCUGAAUCAGCGGGCAAUGAGCAGAAUGCCAUAACUCAGCUGGAUAACUACAGCCUGCACAAUGACAGCAGAGCAGAUACCCUCUGCAGUACGGAAGAAAACAUUUUGUCCUUUAUGGAUACUCAGAGGACAGAGGGCUGCAUGACUGGCUCGCGUGACAUUGUUUGGAGGUCAGAGGUGCACCAGAUUAACCAAAAAGGUGAGGUGGCACAGUCGACAGCAAGUCUAAGCGGGCAUGUCAUUCCAAGCAGCUUAAAUGACAGUUGCACUUCAACGCAAGCAGUCAACUUAAUGCAGGCAGAUGCAACAAGCAGUUGCUAUGGUUCUCAUGAGUUGUGGCUGCGUGCAGGCCACAUGCCAGCAGGUGAUGAUGACGGUCCUAUUAUGGACAAACAGAACAAGCGCUCUGUCGUCACAAGCUUUGACGGUAAUCGCAGAAGAAACACGAAGGUGUUAGAUUACCCCUUGGUAACAGAGGCUGCCAUUGGCCUGGUCAUUGAUGACUCACGGUUGAGGAUGCCACCUGUUGAAGGAUGGCCAUACACAGACAGCUGGUCAAGUGCAUACUCAGACGGAGUUCAUAUUGUUGCUCAUAACCCAGAUGAAGCUCCAGUCGUAGUAGUACCGGAAUUGGCAGCCAUGGCAAUCAAAGGCCAAGAACUGGAGUCCCAGAAGAGUGAAGAAAACUCAGUUACAGCAGAAAAUAUGCGUUUAACCAAAGAUGCCCAAGACCAUGCCGGAUUGGCAGCAGAAGGGGGAGGAGAGAAAGUCCAGACCCAGAUAAAAAUCCUGGUUGGCGCCUCAGACGAUCAGUCGUCUCCCGACAGAGAUAAGGAGCCAAGACAUACUCCACUCACAGAGAACAUUACUCCAGUGACCUCAGAGAACCAGAGACGUAUGAGUGUUCAUCACACUGUAGCUUCAGCAAAUUUCUAUGCUUCGGAUAUAACUGAUGCCAUGCCAUCUGUAAGUGACAGAACUGCGGAUAUAAUUUCUGUGAGGGACAAUGUGUUUGCCGGAGAAAAGGACAUGGAUAUUGACUGUCAAAUAAAGGUUUCACAGGAGGAAGAGAAGGACAGAAACUCAGAAUACCAAGAUACAUCUAAAGAACAGCAGGAACCUGAGUCAGAGACUAAUGCACUUUGGGAGGUGACAGAAGACACCCUCUCUUCGCUUGACUUGGGGAUUAAGAAAGGAGCGGAAAGGAGCAAUGGGUCCUUGACGUUCUCAGGUUACCCCGGCCAGCCGUCAGCUGUGGAGGGCACACGCUGGGAGGAACUAGGAGACUCCAUUGACAGACCCAGCGCAGUUCUUCAGAGAGUAGAGGAGACCGUCUACAGAGAUGUGGCAUGUGCCCCGCUUCACACAAGCCACCAAAUACAAAGUUACUCUGAGGCUGAGGAGAAGGGAUCUGGAGUGAGUCACGGGACCGAACACCUCCUUGUCAGUAACCAAGAGGAGAAAAAUGAAAGCCCCAGUUUUAUCAUGCCUUUAGCUCCAAUUUGCCAAAGAAGUUCUCACAUUUGUGCAGACGUCACUUUGGAAAGGGACCAACAGUGUGGCAGGUUUUUAAACACUGCUCUGAAUGGAAUUUUUGAUAGAACAAGGGAACUUUAUUUGGAAAAUCGAAAGGAAAAAUUGUUUCAUGGUGGAAAAGGAGACAAAGCAUGCAGUGAUUACCGACCAGAUAACAGAGAUGAAACGUUAACAGCUUGUUCUGGUCAAAGUCUCAAUAAAAAGCGUGUAAAGUCUCCAUUACCUGAGGAUUCACAACAUCCUUUGUCCCUUGACAAUAAGAGGACCAAAGCCUCUUCCACGGUCAAUAAUGCAAGGAAUGAACUUUCAAAGUUGACCAUACUUACAGGUGACAACUUUGUGGUCAAUGAGGAAGCUCACACAGCAUAUAUCACACUGGACCUGGAUGGUAUUUCAAACAUUGACACUCUACUUGCUGAUGAGAAUGGAAACCACAAUGAUUGUAAAUCUUUAGAGGACGUCAAAAGCAAAAAUACCUGUGAGGCUGAACAAAAAAAGAACAUCAAGAUGCCUCACAAAGCCUCAAAGACAGAGGGUAAAAAAUCAGCAGGCCUUAAAACCAUAGAGAAACCAGCUAGUCGCAAGGAGAAAUCCAAACAGGCAGCUGCACAAGUGUCAAAAAAACAAGAGACACCACCUCCUGAAUCACUUGACACGUGUGAGUCAUCGACAGCAAAGGCAGGAGCCGAUGUGUCUGUGACAGUCAUUGAGACAAUAGUGAUAACAGAAAAAGCCACCAGUAAAUCUCGUGGCAAGAAGAAGAAAAAACACUCCCAGCAUGCACCUGGAAAAGCUGAGACUGAGACCCUGAAGGCAGAAGAGAGUUGUUCCCAACUGAAAACUCUGAAGGAGCAAACCGUUGCCUUUGACACAACACUUGUAACACAGAGUAGAAGUAAGAAUGACAAGCCAACAUCUCUUGCUUCCAUAAAGGACUGUUUUCAAGCAGAUAAUAGGCAGGAACCAUCAACUGUAAAUUACUUAGCAGCAGUGUCCAAGGGAAAAGAUACCUUAAUAGAGGAAAAAUGCACCUUUGCAGAUAACACCCUGAGUGUCCCAGCUUCAACAGAAAGCACCUCUGUAGAAGCUGGCCUUGUGACCCAGCCAGAUGAAAAUAUUUUAAAAGGUUGCUGUUUGUCAAAGGACAAGAAUGGAGACCAAGCUCCAGAAUGUAAGCCAAAGACAGAGGAGUAUUCUUCCCUAAUGAAAAAUGAUGAACAUGCCAUUCCAGAAGAGACGAGUCACAGGAAGGCCUACAGCGAAGUGGUCAAGCGGAAGACACGGAUAGAAAAAGAAGUCCCCAGAGCGCUGCAGGACAUCACGGCGGAGAAGCUUUCAGAUGAGCCUGGGAGCAUCAGCCUCUGCUGCCAGUUCAGCGCUGUCUCCGUGGAUACCACUGUGGAAUGGAUGAAAGAAGGGGUCAUUCUGGCACAAGCAAAGAGAAGUACAGGUGAUGAAAGCCCAGUUACCUUCACAAUCCCCAAGGCAUCCAGCAAAGACCUUGGAAGGUACCAGUGCUGUCUGAGCUACCCACAUGGAACUGUGACGUCAGAGUUUCACCUGACCUCCGAUGUGCUGAAUGAAUUCAUCCCCAGUCAAAACCACACAGUGAGAGAGAUUGAGGGGAUGGGCGAGGAUGUGAAGUGUGCCCCGCUGCUGUUCAGAGAUGACUUCCUCAGUGAGCAGUACUUUGGGGAGAACCAGCCAGCCAGUAUCAUGACUGAGGAGGCCCACUUCGGCGAGGGCAUGCACCGCCGGGCCUUUCGGACCAAGCUUGUCGAGGGCAUGCAGUCCACUUUCACUCCGGGACACCCCUGCGUGCUCAAGGUGCACAACGCUGUCAGCCACGGAACCAAGAACAACGAGGAGCUCGUCCACAAGAACUACAACCUGGCUGUGGAGGAGUGCUAUGUGCAGAACACUGCCAGGGAGUACAUCAAGGCCUACACAAUGGUGGCCAAGUCCACAGAGGCUUUUGGAGAGGUUCCAGAGAUCAUUCCCAUCUUCCUUGUGCAUCGUCCCUCCAAUAAUAUCCCGUACGCCACGCUGGAGGAGGAGCUGAUGGGCGACUUCGUCAAGUACUCUGUGAAGGACGGGAAGGAGAUCAACCUGACGAGGAGAGACUCAGAGGCAGGGCAGAAGUGCUGCACCUUCCAGCACUGGGUCUAUCACAUGACUGAGGGCAACCUGCUGGUCACCGACAUGCAAGGUGUGGGGAUGAAGUUAACUGACGUGGGUAUAGCAACUCCUAAAAAAGGUUACAAGGGGUUCAAGGGAAACUGUGCCACCUCGUUUAUUGACCAGUUCAAAGCCCUCCACCAGUGUAACAAAUUCUGCGAGUUACUGGGCCUCACAUCUCUCCAACCUGCCCAGCAGAAGCCCAAAAGGACAGGACCUGCUCCAAAGCCAAAGUCACAGCCCCAGACAAAGAAAAAGACAUUCGCCUUCAACCUGAAGAGCAAAUCCUGAGGAAUGCUUUCCUUCAAACCUUGGGCAUUAUCAGCAUAGAGUGUUCAACACAGACUGUGUCUGGGGGCAAUGAAAGGAUCUGCUUUUGUACCAGAUAGCUGCAUCUAUAUAAUCCUGUUUCACUUAAGUAUUUGCUGCACUGUACGUGAGAUUAGCUUUCAGUUAGGAAUAGAUAUUAUCCUGAAUUUCAGACGCAGAAAGUGAGGUGGUAGCUAACCAUGUCAGUGCAGAGUCGUUGUUGACCUUUUCCUUGCUUUUUGUUGUUUGUGGGUUAUCUUAAUGGCAAAGAGCAAUCUGAUGGACCUGCUAUCCAUGACAAUGAAGUACAGCCAUUAAAGUGAGCUCUCCAGCCACACACACAUGCACCAGAUUUGCCAAAUAAUGGUACAUUUUAGAGGUAAUUUCUCUCAAGUUGGACAAAUUUAUAUACAUAAUUGUAUUGAGUAAAAAUGGGCAUUUACUUUUACACUUUGGAAAGUGCCACCUUUUAAAACUCAUGCAACUAAGUGUAUUUUCUUUCGGUGAUCACAUACAAGUUAAACAUUACAAAUUCAGCUGUUAAAAUCCUCUCUGAAAAUUUUUCAUUGACAUUGCUGUAAUUUUUAGAGUAAUGUAAGAUAGGAAAUAGAAAUAUUAACAAUUAAGUAAAAUUUUAAAAGCUUUCUGUUUUUUUUUUUACUUUAAGGGCAGCUAGAGGUUGCUACUAUAUGUGCCUUAAAGAAAAUGACUAAGAUGUACAUACUCUGUUUUAAGGUUAUACUUGGUUUACUAUAAUUAAUCACUAAUAUUUGUCUGUGGUCUGAAGGUCAAAAUGAGUGUGUCAGGUUGCCUCUUAACACUGGAGAUUUCAGAGGCUUGUCUCCUGCAGAUUUUUGGGAAAUAUUUUAAAGUCAAAGUGGAUUUGGAAAAUUGUUUGAAAAAUAACAUCAGCGGCCCCCAACCCCCACACAUCCCAACCCCUUUGCGUGGAGAAAGCAGCCCAGUCCAUGGCCGAUGUUGAAACGUGGUGACGUUUCCCUCAAUAACAUAACACCGUGUCAUUCUGAAGAGUGGCUUUGUGUUGGGAAACGCAGCUCUCUGGCUGCUGAAGGGACAGCUAUGGGAGGGGGUCAACCCCUGGAACGUCUGCCUGGUUGACUUAUUAAACCAGCUGUCUGUCUGCCUCGGCAGAUAUGCUCGGCCUGCAACCUCUGCAGCUUCCAGGAGCAUUCAGACACGUUUGAGUUCUCGCCAAACUAUUAAUACCUUUCUCUCCCCAUAAAUUUGAACCUCAGCCUGAUGUCAUUCCCAUACAUGCACAGAGGGGUUGAUAAUGGCAAAUUUGUCUUCACUGUACUUUUGUUUUCAUAGUACUCUAAAACAUCAAUAUUGUAUUCUGUCAUUUUGGAGAAAGCUUUCACCUGAAUGUUCACUUUCUAAUGAAUACAGUGGUGAUCAGCUGACUGCCAGACACAUUGUAAUACUGUUUUUUUUUGUUUUAGUGUCGGUUUACAUUUGUUUUCAUUUAACUUCCCUUGAAGGGGUGUAAAGCUGUAGUAAAGUUUAAAUGCAGUUUUGCUGAAGACAGUGCAUCACUGAGACAUUGUCCAAACUGGUUUGUUAAAGCUGUGAACCUUCUUUAUUUCUUCUAUUUUCUAGAUAUCUAAAACUGUACUGAAACCAAUGUGUUACUUUUAAGUUGAUACUGUGAGAAUAAAAC